GGGUUCCGGCAAUGGUGGGUCGGUCGGUGCCGGUAGUGUCGGGCCGGGGCUGGUGCGGCGGCAGUACCUCUGUCGCUACCCCGGUCUGUGCGCCCACUGUCCCGGGGCCCGGGAGGGGAGUACGGCGGGGGCAAUGAGCAGCCCCGUGGCUGCCGUCAUGCAGGAGAACUUCGGCUGCGCCGUGGCCAACCGCUUUUACCAGCUCUUGGACGACGAGUCGGACCCCUUCGACAUCCUGCGGGAGGCCGAGCGCCGCCAGCAGCAGCGCAAGAAGCGCGACGAGGCGGCCACGGCCGACCGGAGAGCCGGUGCCGGCGGCAGGGCGGGCGGCAGCGUGAAGGAGUCCCAGAAGGAGCGCAAGCAGCCCGGCAGUCAGCCGGCGCCCGGCGCGCCGCCGCAGCCCGGCUGGAAGCGAGGCCCUAAGUGGGGUGAACAGCAAGGAUUCAAUAACAGAGGAGUGGAGGUGAAACAAGACAAAACCGAAUGGAGACCAUCUUUCAGACAAUACCGUUCCUAUGAAGGACAAGUGGAAUUCACAGUGGAAAGAUCAAUUGAAAGAUUAGACCAUGAUAGGUCAGUAAGAGGUCGUGGCGGAAGAAGAGGUGGAAUACGAGGUAGAGGAAGAGGUGGUGGAAUAAAUAGAAGUUUUGCUGGCUUUGACCAAAGAGGAAAACGAGAAUUCGAAAGACAAAGUGGGAGUGAUAAAAUAGGGGUGAAAGCAGAUGACAAAAAGGGUGGAGGUGGAGCUCACAACUGGGGAACAAUUAAAGAUGAUACAAGUGGGCUGGAACUGACUGCUCCUAUGGAAAAGACUGCAGAAACAGCUGAGCAGCCAAGGGCAUCUGAUGGAGAGCCUCUGAACAAAGCUGCUGAAGGAGAGCCUAUGGAAGUAGUUCAAGAAAUGACGUUAGAUGAGUGGAAAAAUCUUCAGCAACAGAAUCGACCAAAGCCUGAAUUCAACAUCCGGAAGCCAGAAUCCACUGUUCCUUCCAAAGCAGUGGUGAUUCACAAGUCAAAAUAUAGCAAUGAUUUGCAAAAAGAAGCAUUUGAAGAUGAUUCUCAUGUCUUUCGAAGACUGGUGAAUGACAUAACAUCUCAGCUGAAUAUUAAUUUCGGGAAUCUUCCUCGCCCUGGUGGUGGAUCAAGAGGAGCACGAGGUGGUCGUGGUCGUGGCAAACAAGUUGAGGAAACAGGAUCUCAACCAGAAGUAGUGGUGCAGCUUGUUGCUCCAAAUCCUGACGAUCCUGAGCAUUUCCCAGCUUUAGCUUGAGGAACCGUCAUGAAUGGUGUUACCUCAAAGUAGCUUUGGUGUAGCUGUGAAGCACUCAGUUUUAUGCUGUGUGUGGAUAAAGAAAGUCUGUUUCUACUGGAAAAGCUGUUUGGGUGUUUGGUGUGGAAUGUUAGCAGCCCUCUGCUGCUAGAGGUUGGGUCUUGGGAAUACUGGUGGACUGGGAUCCUGUCACAGAUUCCAGCGUCUGCCUCCAUUUAUGAAAAGUUUGUGAAGGCUUACAGUACUUUACUACAAGGCUUCAGAUGAAGUUCAAGAGUACACUGUUUAAAAAUGUGUAUGUAAAGAUUAUAUCAAGAUCUCCAUGACACGAUGGUGAAAUGUAAACUGUGCAACAUGGUCUGCAGUUGGGACUCUAUUUCACUGUAUAUUUGAAAACUGCUUUCCCUGUUUCUGUGAGUGAAGUGUAUAUUUUGCACAGUUGCAGUUCUUUUAGAAUUUCACAAAUAAAGCAAAGUUCUCAGUGA